AUGGCUGCCACCCCACACUCGCUGCCACCCCACACGCGCUGCCACCCCACACGCGCUGCCACCCCAAUCUCGCUGCCACCCCAAUUCCCUGCCACCCCAAACUGGCUGCCACCCCAAACUGGCUGCCACCCCAAACUGGCUGCCACCCCAAACUGGCUGCCACCCCAAACUGGCUGCCACCCGAAACUGGCUGCCACCCCAAAGUGGCUGCCACCCCAAAGUGGCUGCCACCCCAAAGUGGCUGCCACCCCAAAGUGGCUGCCACCCCAAAGUGGCUGCCACCCCAAAGUGGCUGCCACCCCAAAGUGGCUGCCACCCCAAACUGGCUGCCACCCCAAACUGGCUGCCACCCCAAACUGGCUGCCACCCCAAAGUGGCUGCCACGCCAAAGUGGCUGCCACGCCAAGCUCGCUGCCACGCCAAGCUCGCUGCCACGCCAAGCUCGCUGCCACGCCAAGCUCGCAGCCACCCCAAACUGGCUGCCACCCCAAACUGGCUGCCACGCCAAGCUCGCUGCCACCCAAACUCGCUGCCACCCCAAAUUAG